AUGAAUUCUAAUCAUUUAGAUAAGAUUUCAUUGUUUGUGUUAAUUUUAAUUAUUGUAUAUACUUCUCAAAUAAUUUAUUGUCAAGAUGAUAAAAUAUUAGCAUUAGAAAAACGAAUACAAGAUUUAGAAGCUCGACAACAACAAUAUCCUGAAGUAACAUUUCUAACUUAUAAAGAUCGUAAACGUAUUCUUGUUACUGGUGGAGCUGGUUUUGUUGGUUCACAUCUUGUUGAUCGUCUAAUGCUUGCAGGGCAUGAAGUAAUUGUAGCUGAUAAUUUUUUUACUGGUCGUAAACGUAAUAUUGAACAUUGGAUUGGACAUGAAAAUUUUGAAUUAAUUAAUCAUGAUAUUGUUAAUCCACUUUAUAUUGAAGUUGAUCAAAUUUAUCAUUUAGCAUCACCUGCAUCACCACCACAUUAUAUGUAUAAUCCGGUUAAAACUAUUAAAGUUAAUUCAAUUGGAACUAUUAAUAUGCUCGGUUUGGCACGUCGUGUUCGUGCUCGAUUAUUAUUUGCUUCCACAAGUGAAGUAUAUGGUGACCCAGAAGUUCACCCACAAAAAGAAACUUAUUUUGGUAAUGUUAAUCCUUUCGGACCACGAUCAUGUUAUGAUGAAUCGAAACGUGUUGCUGAAGCAAUGUGUUAUGCUUAUGCUCAACAGGAAGGUAUUAGUAUUCGUAUAGCUCGAAUAUUUAAUACAUAUGGUCCACGAAUGCAUAUGAAUGAUGGACGUGUUGUUAGUAAUUUUGUUUUACAAGCACUUCAAAAUGAACCUAUAACAAUUUAUGGUACUGGUAAACAAACACGUUCAUUUCAAUAUGUUAGUGAUCUUGUUGAUGGUCUUAUUGCUUUAAUGAAUAGUAAUUAUUCAAUGCCAAUGAAUUUAGGUAAUCCCGAUGAAUAUACAAUUGAACAAUUUGCUACUAAAAUAAAAGAACUUGUUGGAUCACAAGCUUCAAUUGUUUACAAGGAUCCUGUUAUUGAUGAUCCGAAACAACGACGACCUGAUAUAACUUUAGCAAAAUCAUGGCUUAACUGGGAACCAAAAGUUUUACUUAGUGAUGGUCUUAAUAAAACAAUUGCUUAUUUUCGUAAUGAACUUCUUGUUAAACAUCAUAGUAAUCGUAAUGUUUUCUUUCCAAAUGAAUGGUUACAUUUAUCAAAUAUAAAUGCAAUGGAAUUAAAUAAAAAUAUUGAACUUUAA